GCGUGGUGUUCCGCAUAAUCACAUACAUAGUGAGGUUGUGGGCGACACAUACAAGUAUAGAUUCCCACACUCCGUACUAUCUUUACUUUCUGGCCAAAGAAACAGGGGCGGUGGAGACGCAGAAAAAAGAGCGGGGGAAAAGGAAAUAAAAAAAGAUAUGGAGUCUUCACUGAGAAACUCUUUGCCCGCGUUGCUGUCGCCCUCCAGACAGCUCUCCGCUUCUCACUCUUUCACUACCCAUGGCUCUAGUACCGCCGGAAACCACAAACCCACUCUCACUCCCACUCAGGUCCCGUCCGACGCCGAUGAACCGUUUGCAGACUCCCGAGACGGUGAUUAUGUUGCCUGGAACAGCAGCCGAGAACCGCCAGUUCUCCAAACACAUUAUGACCAUAAGGAUCGCGAAAACGCUUCAGGGGCGCCUCGAGACAAGCAUCACCGUCAUUUGGCCUUUGACCCUGCCAGCCUAGAUCCUACCAAAUUCAGGCCACGUCAUAAGCAUAAGCAUAGCAAAUCCCGUGACGGGCGGUUCCCACGAAUAAUGAACCCUAUCGCCUCCUCCGCUAGUGCCAGGGGCUUACUACCCCAAUGGUCUGGUGGUCGCGAGAAGGAAAGCGAUCCCGACGAUGGACUUGCGUUACUUAGACCCGUGACAAGGGAGACAACUCGGUCGCGCUGGGGAUCUGAAUCUACCACGGGACUCGGUACUGGUAGCAGGAAAGGCAGUAUACUCGAUGCAAUUGACCGGAACAAUCACCUGGGUUUGAUCCGACGACAGGAGGUACGCUCGCUAGAUGAUUUGGAGCAAGUGAGAGAGAAGAGGAAACAAGGGGAACGGUAGGUAAUUUUCUGCCCUGUUCGUUCCGGUUGAUCUAACGGGCUCGCUGGCAGCUACCUACGAUCCGCUUUAACGAUAAUCGGCACACUUGCAACAGAUAUCACCCGCAGGCUCGAUUAUACUUACUAUAAUUUGUUGGAGAAGCUCGCCGCUCUCCACGUCACGAUCGCUUCUUUCCAAGAACUCUCUGAUUCGACAUCGACACUCUUCACAGACUUUGAACGAGAGA